AUGGCGUGGGAUUCGCAGGAGGGCGAUCGCCUCCCCGCUCGCUCCUCGGCCGCCCUCUCUCCCCCCGAGGCCCGAGUGGCCGUGAACGCGGCGGCGCAGAAGCGGCAGCUCCUCAACCGAGAACUUGGAACCGUCAACUCAUCCUCCUCCUCCUCGGUCUUCUCGUCGGCAGCUCAUCCAUCGCGCCUCUUCGACAACGAAGCAGUGGCGGCGGCGGUGGCGGCGGCAGCAAUGUCACGCGCAGGUGGCGCGCAGGCGCAGAUCGCGCAGCUGUGCGCGCGCUACGGCGUCGGCGGCGGCGGGGGUGGCGCGGGUAGCGGCACUGCGGCCCCCGUGUCUCCGCGCCAGGUGUCACGCCUUUACGUGGAGGACCGCUACCGCCUGCUCUACUGCGAGGUGCCCAAGGUGGGCUGCACCAACUGGAAGCGGUUGCUCAUGGUGCUGAGCGGAGCGGCGCGCAGGGCCGGGGAGGUGGCACACGACGCGGCGCACUACGCCAACGGCCUGCGGAGGCUCGACAGCUUCGGGCGCGCCGAGAUGGAGCGGCGGCUCGCAACUUACACCAAGGUCCUCUUCGUGCGCGAGCCGCUGGAGCGCCUCGUCUCCGCCUUCCGCGACAAACUCGAGCGCCCCAACCCCUACUACCAGCCGCUGUUCGGCCGCGCCAUCCUCGCCCGCUACCGCGCCAACGCGAGCCGCGAGGCCCUGCGCUCGGGCGAGGGCGUGACCUUCCGCGAGUUCCUGCGCUACCUGCUGGACCCGCGGCGCCCCCUCGGCAUGGACAUCCACUGGGAGGCGGCGACGCGCCUCUGCCACCCGUGCGCCAUCUCCUACGACUUCGUGGGCAAAUUCGAGGAGCUGGAGGGGGACGCCAACGACCUCCUCCGGGCCGUCGGCGUGCCGGACGACGUCACGUUCCCCGGGGAAGGCGAGGCGCGGGCGGCGCAGGUGCCGGCCGAAGCCGAGGAGGCCGCGGCGUUUCCCCAGACGCCUCCGUCGGGGGAACGCGCGGGCACGGGCGAGCGUGCCGACCGGGACGAGGAACCCGGGAGGGGUUCGACCGCCGGAGACGGAGGCGGGACGGCGACGGUGGCCGCGGGCGAGGACGGCCGGGCGACGGGACGCAGAUACCUGUCGGCGCUGUCGAGGCGGGAGAGGCAACGCGCCUACGACUUUUACUACCUGGAUUACAUCAUGUUCAACUACUCCAAGCCGUUCGGCGACAUUUACUAGCCCGCGUGGCCUCGCGAGCCACGUGGCCGCAAGCACGCGGCUCGGGCGGAUGCGGCGUCGUGCGGCAGUGGGACAUCAGCGAGCGCACAGCGGUGGCGGUGACAAUUGCGGUUCGGAUUUAAGGAGCAUUAUUGUAGAUCUGUAUUUAACCGGGAUUUCCAAAACACAACAACUCUCGAGAUUCACGUCUUCUUACCAAGAAGGCGGCAGUGGGACAUCAGUUCCGUAUGAACGCAACCGCAUGUCAAGAGGCUGUACAAAAAUAUUAUAUAUAUACUGUGUAUAUAUAUGAGAACGAGUAGUGAGUCAUAGGCAGAAGAGCCAAGCAAGGACUUGAGCCUGGACUUGGAACAGAGGCAGGGGUCGACAGCAUGGAUUGCUGGG